UCUGUUCUAUGUAAGUUUGGAAGCUUUGUUGGAUUUUGUACAUUGCCUUCUGAUCCUCAGUAUUUUAAUGACCAGGGAGGUUCCACACAGGUGAGAUUUCAGCCUAGAAUUGGACAACUUCUGGCUGCGGCAACAGAGAAUGUUGUGUCCAUCUUUGAUGUCGAGACUGAUAGGCGGACACACUCAUUACAAGGGCACUCAACAGAAGUGCUCUCCGUCUGUUGGGACACGAGUGGAGAUUAUUUGGCAACCGUAAGUCAUGAGUCUAUCAGAGUGUGGUCAUUAGCCUCUGGAGAGUGCAUUCACGAGCUCAGUUCCAGUGGAAACAUGUUUCAUUCUUGUGUUUUCCACCCAAGCUACUCCACUCUCUUGGUCAUUGGAGGCUACCAGUCUUUGGAACUUUGGAACAUGGCCGUGAAUAAGUGUAUGACAAUUCCAGCUCAUGAGUGUGUGAUAUCAGCUUUGGCACAGUCACCGGUAACAGGGAUGGUUGCCUCGGCUAGUCAUGACAAAUCUGUGAAGAUUUGGAAAUAAGUUUAUUGCCUUUGAUGGAUACAAUUCUGCCAUAAUGCAGCAAAAUUCUGAACUAAAAAAAAAAAAAAAAAAGACGACAACAAAAGGAAAAUUCACACCAUGUAUACUUUUUUCUUUUUUGAACUUUUUUCUUUUUUGAGUUCAUUUUCAUUGUUUAGUUUUCUCUACAUGAAAUAAAGGAAAUGAAUGCAGUUAUCCUUUGGUCUCA